UUUUUAUAAAAUUUAGAUUUUGUAAAUGGUUAGAAUAAUUUCAUAGGAAAUUAGUAUUUUUCUGAGGAUAAAUAUUGCAUUUAUAAUCGUAGUAGUUUCUAAUAUUUAUUAUGCAAUGAUUGGUGAAAAACAAAGCAUUCGAGGUCGCCGAGACUUGCCAACAAGGGGCGCGGGGAGCUCGUCGGGUUCGGACGAUGGUUCGUUACCCAGCCUGACCCCCGAGGACAGGGAAUGUUUAAAUGCUAAAAUGUUUUUGAUGACGCAGAAGAAUGAGGAUUCGCUUAGUCUGUAUGACCAUCUUUCAAGUCUUAUAGCCACGCUUUUAGACGGUGAAACUGAAAAUGGUUUGGCCCAGCUUGAAGAUAUUAGCGAAACUAUGAAAAGAGAGCGUAUCGAGGUUCCAUCUGCUCCUAUCCGAGAUGAGCCUGACAAGUCAUACACAGAAAGAUUAGCAAAAGCACAGUGGGAACUGUUCAAGAAAGUACCAGACUGUGUGCAGGACGAUCUUGACAAUCAUUUUGAAGAAGGUAAUGGGUUUAAAAGUGUUCCGGACAUUCUUCGACAAGCAGCGUUCUUCGAGUUAGCCGGAAUCGGACUUCCCCGAGAGGAGAUAGUUAGAAUUUCUUUAGCAUUAACAGAGUUAAUCACGCAAUGCCCCUUCAUAAAGAGUAUCCGUUUCUGGGGGAAAAUUAUCGGAAUUACACGGAAUUACUACUUAGCUGAAACGGAAUUUGGCGAAGAAGAUUACGAAGAUGACGCUAGUAUAACGAAUGACACUGAACAUGAAACCGAUGAAUUGCCGAGCGGUCUGCGGGAUGAAGAAAGUAGUGUAUAUGACGAUAUGAUGUUGCCAGAUGACCUGAAGCCGUUGUAUAAGCCCCCGCCGAAAAUACCGUGUGAGCCAGCCGGAACUGGGUUGAACAAGAAAGUGUAUUUUGUAACGUCAGAACCCGGAUUGCAGUGGAUUCGACUUCCACACGUAACACCAGCUCAGAUACAGGUUGCCAGAAAAAUAAGAAAGUUCUUCACAGGUAACCUAGAUGCCCAGGUUGUUUCCCAUCCGCCAUUUCCUGGAAUUGAAAGGAAUUACCUGCGCGCGCAGAUUGCCCGAAUAAGUGCUAGUACGCAGAUUUCACCUCUUGGUUACUUCCGGUUUGAUGACGAGGCUGAGGAAGAAGAAGCUGUUGAAGAGGCGGGUAAGAAGCUCAAAUCAUCUUCAGGGUACAAAAACAUAAAGACCCUUUACGAUGGUAGUUUACAGGCCUGGGUCCAUCACUCACAAGCCAUAUUACCACAGGGAAGAGCGACUUGGUGGAACCCAGCACAACCAAAGGAAGAAUUUAACGAGGAGGAAGACGAGGAAGAGGAAGAAGAAAGAAAUGAACCAGACGAACCCGAACCGGAAACUGGACCACCUUUACUAACUCCUCUUGCUGAAGAUGAAAGUGUUGGAAGAAGCCCUGCUUGGUUAGCACGAACAAGUUCUAAAUUUGUACCGGAAUAUGGUAUUGCUGUACUCCACUCUAAUGUAUGGGUAGGUGCAACAGCAUUUGCAGCGGAUAAGGGAAAAUACUUUGAAAAUCUGUAUAUCGGUUGGGGCCAAAAGAAUCUUGAAGUCGUUUUUGAGCCUGCACUACCCGAAAUGCCUCUUACUGAAUUUCCAAGUGGACCGGAAAUAACGGAAGCAGACGACCCAACGCCGGAAGAGGAAGCAGCUGUGCGCGCAGCUCUCCAAGAAAAGGAACUUGAAGCUGAAUUCGAACAAAAUAUGGACGACGAUGACGAUGAGGAUAUUGUCGACGAUGAUGGUGAAGGGGGUGCACAGUUUGAUUAAAUAUCGUAUUCAUAUGUAUGUGAAAUGUUUGCAAUUCGUCUAUGAGAAGGGAACAAUGAUCAUUUAUAUGUUUACAUCGUUUUAAUUAGGAACAGGUGUAACAAGAACUAUAGGUUCUAAAUAAAACGCUUUAAGGUUUAAUACAUGGAACAACUUGCUAUUUGUUUGGUUAAUAGUGGAGUGCUACAAAUACGAUUUCCACCUGUUGAAUUUCUUUUUGAAAGGAGAUAAAAUAUUUGAUGUUCUUUUGUCAAUUCUUUUAAUAAAAUUUACAAAUUCGUUUGAA